AAAACUUAGAGUUUUCUUCAAUUAGCAUUUUUGCUAAUUUUUAGCUUCAAGUUCUUCGAGAAGUAGAAGUUUUUAGAAAUCUUGUUAAUGCAAGGAGCGGGGAUCAACUAAUUGUUAUAUGGACGUUUAUGCCAUUUUUACAGAAUAGAAAGAUCUGUUUGUAAGUAUAAUAAAUUAGAAAGCUUACUUAAGACUCAGUACGUACAGCUCCCUCUUGGAACAAACCCCCAAAAGGAAAAACAUGAAGAUUCUUGAGGCUUUACUUAAUAUUUAUUACAACGAAAUGGUUCAAGUCGAAGUAAUGAGGAGAAAGCAUUUGUUACUGCUCAUAUCGGAUCUUGACGUCCCCCAUGAAGUAAUUGAACUUCUUAAGCAACUUAAACAAGAUUCAGGAGAAAACCCAGAUGGGUUAGUCCAGUUCGACGUGAUAUGGAUGCCUGUGGUGGACAUGUACUCUAGACCUAAUUGGCACGCUCUAUUUGAGGAGCUCAAAGAAACCAUGCCAUGGCUUGCCUUGCACCCAACUGUUAUGAUACAACCGUGGGUCACUAAUUACAUCAAGGAAGAACUGUAUUUCAAAAGGAAGCCAAUUGUCGUAACAGUGGAUCCACAAGGAAAGGUGACCUGCAAAAAUGCUCUCCACAUGUUGUGGAUAUGGGGAAAUAAGGCUUUUCCCUUCAGCGAUGACAAAGAGGCCGCAUUAUGGAAAACACAGACUUGGAAUCUUAAUCUUCUUGUCCAUGGCCCUACUGAUACAGAGCUACGUCACUGGGUGGGUGGAAAAAGGUUGAUAUGCCUGUAUGGAGGUGAAAAUAUAAAAUGGAUAAGAGAAUUCACAGGAGCAGUAAAAGCUUUUGCGAAAGCAGCCUCUUGCAUCUCCCUGGGAUUAGUUUAUGUUGGAAAGAGCAAUUCCAAGAAGGCAAACAAAAUCGCUUGUACCAUCAAAGAUGAGCAGCUAAGUGAUUGCUGGCCUGCUACUAAACGCUCUCUUUACUACUGCUCCUUCUGGGCUCGUCUGGAAAGCAUGUUGUACUCAAAGCUUAAACAGUACAACAAGGCCAAUAUGGUUGAUCAAUACGACAUCAUAAUGAAAGAGGUUAUGACGAUACUGAGCUUUGACGGGAGCGACCAUGACUGGGCGAUUUUCUGUGAAGGAUCAUCAGGAGGAUUGACAAGGGCGGCCAAAGGAGAGACGGCUCUGAGAAGCAUGUUAGAGUAUCGUUCAUGGUUUCAUGAGGUGUCUUGCAAAGAUGAUAUCAGUAUGGUGGUAGCACUGAAUGGUUACCUGCGACAGAUUCACAACUCACAUCACUGCCUUCGACUAGUGUUUACAGAGAUCAACUUAGGGGUUCCUGAAAAGUUGAAGUGUGUUGAAUGCGGCCGUCAGAUGGAGAAGAAUAUUAUGUACUGUUGUUGUGUUGAUUGAAGUCUUCGCUUUGCAGGAUUUACAUAUAUCAUAUUAAAUAAUUACCAGCCACCCUAAGUAAUUAACAGGGUUGACUAGAAAUAAGCAUAGAUACAUAGAUAUAUACAUAUAUGCGUAUACAUUUAUUUGAGUGGGAUUACUUAGUACUUGUAUUUGAUGUUAUAAACAUAUAUAUAGUUCCUUUCAUGUCA